GAGAACGAUUGUGUAGGUGUGUUCCUUUAUUCACGCUUCUUUAUUAAUUUGCACAAAUGUUGCAGUAAUGCUUUUCAAAAAAUUGAGAAUUGGAGAGUAGUAUAGUAUAUAAACUUUGUUGUUUUGUUGAGGAGAUGACCCACAAGAGAGGCCCAGUGUUUUGGACAAUCUGUAAUCCAUGGUUUGAACACAAAGUGUGUGACAAAAUGGCUAAACCACUCUGCCAACAGCAACAUCUCUCACUCUCUCUUUCUCUCUCAACAACUUCCGCUUCUGGGAUUCCUUCUCCAUGGACAAGCGUCUCCAGCCGCCGCCGUCGCCCAACUGCAAGAGGCGCCAACGGCGUUGCGAAUGGGUGUUUCGAGAUGUUCCAAGUGAUUUAACUAUUGAAGUAGAUGCUGCUACAUUCUCAUUGCAUAAGUUCCCUCUCAUUUCAAGAUGUGGAAGAAUCAGGAAGCUGGUAGCGUUGCUCCGUGGCGACUCCGAGGGCUGCACAAUCGAGCUCGGCGGCCUACCGGGCGGCGCAGAGUCGUUCGAGCUAGCCGCGCAGUUCUGCUACGGCGUCAACUUCGAGAUCACGGCGGCAAACGCGGCGCAUCUCUACUGCGCCGCUCACUACCUAGAGAUGACAGAGGAGUACUCAAAGAGCAACCUGGCGGCCCGCGCCGAGGAGUAUCUGGACAGCGUGGUGUGCAAGAGCCUGGAGAUGUGCGUGGAAGUCCUCCGCCACUGCGAGGAUCUCCUCCCACUGGCGGACGACCUCCGAAUCGUGCCCCGCUGCAUCGACGCCAUCGCCUCCAAGGCAUGCGUCGAGCAGAUCGCCUCGAGCUUCUCGCGGCUCGAGUACAGCAGCUCGGGCCGGCUCCACAUGAGCAGGCAGAGCAAGGGAGGAGGAGGAGGAGGAGACUGGUGGGCCGAGGAUCUCUCGGUGCUCCGCAUCGACUUGUACCAGCGCGUGAUCGCCGCCAUGAAGUGCCGGGGCGUGAGGCCCGAGAGCAUCGGGGCGGCCCUCGCGAGCUACGCGGAGAAAGAGCUCCUGAGGAAGCCGUCCGACCACGACCACGAGCCCAGGCUCGUGGUGGAGGCCAUCGUGGGGCUCCUCCCCGCGGAGAGGUUCGCGGUGCCUCUCAGCUUCCUCUUCGGGAUGCUGAAGAGCGCGGUGGCGCUGGGCUGCGCGGCCCCUUGCAGGGUGGACCUCGAGAGAAGGAUUGGAUCGCAGCUGGAUGGCGCGGCCCUCGACGACGUCCUGAUCCCGUCGUGCGGGAACGAGGGGGAUACAUUGUUUGACGUUGAUACAUUCCACCGGAUAUUGAUAAAUUUCUCGCAGCAGGAUUGUGAUAGUGAGGAAGAGGAGGAUGAUGAUUUGGAUGAAGGGAUGUCGCUGUUUGAAUGCGAUAGCCCUGCGGCGGGAGCUUCGCCUUCGCAAUCAGCGUUGUUUAAAGUGUCGAAAUUGGUGGACAGUUACCUAACUGAGAUCGCUUCCGAUGCGAAUCUGAAGCUGAGCAAGUUCGUGGCGGUGGCGGAGAGCCUCCCGGCGCAUGCUCGAACACUACACGACGGGCUGUAUCGAGCGAUCGAUGUUUACCUCAAACCGGGCGUUUAUUUCCAGGCUCAUCAAGGCUUAACAGAUCAAGAGAGAAGGAAGGUCUGCAAACUGAUCGAUUUCCAGAAAGUGUCGCAAGAAGCCGGGUCGCACGCCGCCCAGAAUGAGCGGCUCCCUCUCCAAUCCGUGGUCCAAGUCCUUUACUACGAGCAGCUCCGCCUCCGCAGCGCCCUGAUGUGCUCCUUUCCCGACGAGGACGCCGUCAAGCCCGCACACCACCAGUCGUGGCGGAUGAGCAGCGGCGCCGUCAGCGCCGCCAUGUCCCCUCGCGACAACUACGCGUCCCUGCGGCGCGAGAACCGCGAGCUGAAGCUGGAGCUGGCUCGCCUCAGGAUGAGGCUCAACGAUUUGGAGAAGGAGCAUGUGUGCAUGAAGAGGAACAUGAACAAGUCCGGCUCCAGGAAAUUCAUGAUUUAUUUCUCCAAGACCAUCGGAGCGCGUGGAUGGUGUAGUAAGGGACGAGGAAGAACACGCAGCCGGGUGGCAGGAUCGCUUGAGGGUGGACCGCGAUCCAUGGGAACUCGAACACGUCAGGCCUAGCAAUGCAGUGCCUGGGGUACUUCCUCAUGAGCUCACCGGCGCUGACAGGCUGCCAGAAUAGCUCGACCCGGCGGCCCGGAUGGACCAGGGUUAGGACAUCAGCUCGGCUUGCUACAAUUCCCAUUUCUUGGUUUUGGGCAAUGUGUGCAGAAAGGGGAAGGGGAACAUGAUAAAAUCCUAGUGUUUCCUUUUAUAGGAGUUGGUUUCUUGAUCCAAAUAGUGACAGUUUUUAUAGUUUGAUUUCUCCUAGGAAAAAAUGUCUUGUUAGGAGCAUUGUUUUUACCAUUCUACGUGACUCAAAUCCACCCUUUUGGAACAAGCAAAAAUGUAAGAAGAUGUAAGACAAAGUGUUGAAGAAAACAAGAACUGAGUUUCUUCAAGAAUCAACUUUGACAUAACACAAACAUCAUAUCCCCUCAAUCACCACAAACAUCAAACACCCCUUUCUCUCUCUCUCUCUCUCAAGAUCACAGAGGUUACAGAAUAACCUCAAGAAACUUAUUAGAGACUACGAUCUAACAAGAAGCCUAGGCCUCCGAUUUGGUGUAGAAACGGAGGCCAACCGCCAAGCCCAAGAUGAUCAAAGGGACCAAGAAUUGGAGGAGCUUGACAAUGAACUCUGAUGUCUUGUCCUGGUUGUAAUGGGGCUGCUUUGGAGGGGUGUAGGACUUCUUGGAGGGGAUGGUGGACGCGUCAAUCUCACCAACGAGGAACUCAUCCAUCAUUGCCUUGGCACUGGAGCUGUGCCCGACAUCCUCAAAAUCAUCGGUUGCAUCCUUCCCUGCAGCCACGGACAACCAUACAUUGUUAGAGAGGAUAACAUCCUCAAAAUCAUAAGUUGCAUCCUCAAAAUAAUCUGUCAUUGGCAAGUACCUGUCGAAGAUAUUAUAACUUCGUCCCCACCAGGAUGAUCUUCUAAGAAUUUGGUCACGUCGUAGACCUGAUCAAAUUUGGAGGAGGGAUUGGAGAGUUUAGACUACACAAUGUAUAAUAAGAUGCAAGUAUAUUGAGGGGCCAUAAGAUACAUAAUUGAAUAUAUUUACAUUAUUAGGAUUUCUCCAAUCUCACAAUUUCAAUGAGAUAAGAAUUAAACAAAAUUAGCUCAAAUGGUAAAAAUCAUCAAAUGGCUUGAAAUAUCUUAAAAUUUCAAUCCAUCUUAGCAAACAAUGAACUAGACUAAUCCUAUUUGUUGUAUGAUGAUUUUUGGUUCAACUCUUUUUCUAGUUGCUAAAUUUGAUUCAUCAUAUCUCACUAGGCUUUUAAAUAUGAAGCAAAACAAGGGUUCUCUGAUCUUGUCCAAAAUGAUGGUAAAGAAUGAGAAUUUCUAAUGGGAGAUUCUUAAUUUUAAUUAGAUCCACCAAUUUGGUAAAAAGGAAAUUAAUUUUAUUUGUGACCAGCUACAAACUGGGAAACUCUUUUAGUCGAUUAAGAAAUAUAAAACCCUGCAUCUGCCUCACUCAAUUGUCCAAAAAAUGGACCUUUAAACAUGAGAUUUACUUCCACACACAGCACUAGAAGCUGAGAUUGUACUAAAAGAAUCUCAAAUUCAAAGAACUUAACAAGAAUCCCAUGAACGAAUCUCUCUCUCUCAUGAAGCACAAAAACAAGCUAGGACUUGAAGCACUCUAAAGCACACACUAAGGCCAACACUCAAAAAGCUAGACAAGAAAAAACAAAUCCCAAAGCCAACCAAACUCAGAAACCCAAUUCAAGAAUCGAUCAAAGAUUGAAUCUUUGACACACCCACACAUCAAAUACACAAAAUCAAGUCGACCCACUUCACCAUACCAAAAAGGGCACCAAAAAUUGUACCUUUCCACCAAUGACAAGCCAGCAAUCCUUGCUGUUGUUGUGCUCAGAAACCUCAGCAAGAGUGAAAACCUUAGCCAUCGAAAGACAGGGCUCAAAUCAAUCAAGAUUCAAAACGAAACC